AGUACGUUGCCAUCGGUGACCAGGUGGUGACUCUGGGAGACGGAGACGAGGUCGCCGUGGUGCCGCCGCUCAGCGGAGGAUAAAGAGGAGGAAUGACCGAGUCAGAGGAGCGGAGGGACGUCUUCAAGCUGAGCCGUGAUUGGCUGUCAGUACAGGAAGUGGUUGACGCCGUCAGCAGCUCCUCCUGUGGAGCCAUUUCAAUGUUUAUAGGUACGACCCGUGAGGACGAGUUGGGCGGCAGGAAGGUGAUUGGUCUGGAGUACGAGGCCUACGAGCUCAUGGCCCAAUCAGAGUUCAGUAAGCUGUGUGAUGACAUCAGAGAGCGCUGGCCAACCGUGACGCACGUCUGUGUUCACCACCGACUGGGGUGGGUGAAGGUGGGCGAGGCCAGCGUUGCCAUGGCGAUCUCGUCUCCUCAUCGCCACGACGGCCAGCAGGCGAUCCGUCACUGCAUCGAGCAGCUCAAGGCCAACCUCCCCAUCUGGAAGAAGGAAGUGUACGACACGCAGGAGGAGAGCUGGAAGGAGAACGCGGAGUGUCCGUGGGCCCUUCAAAAUAAAGUUCCUCCCGUCAUGUCGUCCAGAGAGAACGUCUGAGCUGCAGAUAAUAAAACAUGUCGUCUGUUCUGAGGAGGGACUCAAUAAAGUUUAUUCAAAGUUUGUGAGUGGUGGACACUAUUCUCCCACAAUGCAUUGCACAAAUG